GCUUUAUUUGACAAUCAUAUAGGGUUAUAGGUCCUCUGGCUUAGCACACUGAGAUUGAAUACAUCUUCGCAGAAUUUGCGCAUGAUCGAAUUCGGACAUCGCGUCGUGAGCUAGGUAACGAUCUUACCCCACAAAGACUUUGAGCUUUUACAUCCAUGGAUGUAACGUAUACUCCACUACAUCACGACCCGUCGCGCGCGCAAUAAACGCGUUUGUAUAUUGAACAGAGCAGCAUAACCUGACCAGUGCUUGAAUUCUCAUCGCGAUGGAACUGUCUUCGUGGGCUGCUCCCCAGCUGUCCAAGCUAUUACCUCUAGAUGAAGAGUCACUGAAGCAAAUAAUCGCGUACACUGACACGCUGUCCAAAGAUCAAGCCGCAGAACACCUAAAGAACUUACUAGGUGACUCUCCACAAGCUCUAGACUUUAUCUCGUCCUUCAAUCAGCGACGGAAAGCCUCUCCAUCCGGAAGCUCCUCCCAAGCGCCAUCCAGAGAAUCUCUGUCGGAAGUACCUAAAGCGAAACCUAGGAAGAAGAAGGCGAACAAUUUCAACACAUUACCAGCACCCCGGCGGCCCGAUGAUUUUGGAAAUACUACAGGAGCAUAUGUAAAGAAGAAUGAGGAGGACUACAUGAGUGGGAGGCCAAAGCAGAAGAAGGAACCGCCCAUAUCAAAUACGUUGGCUCUGCAGGACAAGCCUGAUGCGAUCCAAGAUUCGAGGCCGCAACAAAUUGCGCCGUCAGCGAAAGCACCUUCAAAACUUCCUCCCUCUGCCGCUGGACCUCUCAUUUCGGAUGUCAAGUCGUCUAGAACGUCUUCUCCAGCACCCAAAGCGAAGGCUAAAGUCAAUAUAUCUGGCGGAACUGCCAUGCAUGGACAGUCGAAACAACUGGAUGACCUUGAUCAUGUUAUAAGAGCACUGGAGAUUCAGACUAACCCUUCGCUGGCGCCGUCUGCGGAGAACAAUGCGCGCCGGCGCUGUAACUGUAUGGCCACGAGACAUCCCCUUCUUGAAGCCGCCCCCAAUUGUCUGAACUGCGGAAAGAUUAUAUGUGUCAAGGAGGGCUUGGGACCAUGCACAUUCUGUGAAAAGCCACUCCUUUCUGCGAGUGAAAUUUCCUCCAUGGUCCGCACACUGCGCGAGGAGCGUGGAAAGGAGCGGAUGGAGGCGAACAAUGCUGCUUAUAAGCGUGCAGAGGUCGCCAAAGCUCCAAAACCAUUCGCAUCACUUUCUACACCGGGAACAUCUACGCCUGCGUCAUCGGAUUCGGAAAGUGAGAAACUCGCUGCUGCUAAGAAACAUCGUGAUAAAUUACUCAACUUUCAGGCCCAGAACGCUCGACGUACACAUAUUCGAGACGAAGCAGCAGACUUUGAGACACCAGAUGCGGGAGUAAACAUGUGGGCUACCCCCCAGGAACGAGCUCUACAACUAAAGCGGCAGCAAAAGAUCUUGCGAGAGCAAGAAUGGAAUGCCAGACCAGAGUAUGAGAAACGCAAAGUGGUUGCCUCUAUUGACCUCAAAGGAGGGAAGAUUGUCCGAAAAAUGGCUGCCGCUGAACGACCAACAACACCACCGAGUAAUGACGAAGAUGAUUAUCUGGAGACCUUACCGGCUUCCACAUCAAACAGCCAUGCAUCUGGGGCCUUUAGCAGAAACCCUCUACUAGGUAAAAUGAUACGUCCUGUUACUAAGAUUGAAGACAAGGGCAAAUCAAGACAACGAGAAAGAGAACCAUUGUGGAGGAGAGUUCAGGAUGAUGAUGACGACAACGAGCAAUGGAUUCUUGAUGGGGGAGUAAUGGGUGGAAGAGAUGCUACAUCACAACACGACGAGCCGGACUGUGGCUGAGGUCUUCCAAGCCGAGACGUAGCAAUGCCUUACAGCACUAUGCACCAACUUGCUUCAUUGGUCUUUCAGGUGAAGUUUUGCUGUCUAAGUUCAUCAUUUCACACCUUGACUCCACGACCCCGCUCGACCCCGGACCAAUGUCUACCGAACCUCUUAUUUCUUCCGUAUUAAUUCGUGUCAACGUCGUCUCUCGACGCAUUAGCCUAUGGCUAUGUGCGAAUU